UUGUGCACGCGUCAAAGAGAUCACGCGCGGGCAUGAAUCAACCAAUCACAUCGAAUCACAUCUCCUUGGCGUGUAUAUGCAUGCAUCAUCAAAUGAUCCGAGCGUCGCGACACCCAAUAACGCACAAGCACACCGUAGGUUGAGUAUAUCGCCCCGCAAGCAAUUAUGGAUCAAGGCGGUGAAGAAGCUGACGUCGGAGCGCCUGGGCCGGGAGAGCCUGGCCGUUUGGGAGGAGAGCAAGGCGGCCAUGGCCCUCCAGCAGCCGGAGGAGGGGGUCCAGGAGCUCGACGAACGCACCAAAAAAUCCUCGGACGCCUCGGCCGAGACGGACGUUGUUUUUCCCGACAAUGAUCCUGGUAAUGCCACUGACGCGGAGGAUGUAUUUAAAAAGGGCACGAUGUACAAGGGGAUAUUUUUCCCGUCGAUGACCAACAGCUUCCACAACAAGCACCUCGAGAACUCGUACCUGCAAUACUCGCAUCGCCAGCGGCAAAAGUCACUCAUUAUGCUGAACAUCAUUGAUCUCGGACUCAAGAUAAGCUUGAUAUCGGUAUGGCUGUGGAGGCGCGACCCUCACAGGACGACGAGCGGCCUCGUCGAGGCCCUGGUCUGGUCGGGCUGUUGUAUGCUGGCCAACGUGAUAGUCUGCGCCCUCGGCUGGUCCCGAUGUUUCACCAACAAUCAUCUCUACUGGGCCUCCAUUUUCACGUGGCUCCUCAUCAACUUGCAAGGUUUCAUCGUCGCGGGUCUGAACUUCCUGACGCAGCAGCGGCUCAUGUGGUACAUACUGUUCGUGGUUUACGCGCCGUACGCCAUGCUCCCGUUGCCGUUGAGGUGGUGCGUCCUGGCCGGCUUCGGGACCGCGUUCACCCACCUGUUGAUAGCCGUCGUCACUCUGCUCAGCGACACGAGGCAUCACGAGGACCUGUCUUGCGUGUCGCGAAUGAUGGCGACGAACUUGCUUCUGAACUUCGGGGUGAAUCUCGCGGGCAUGUAUACCAAGUACUUGACCGAUCGGGGCCAGAGGCAGGCCUUCCUCGAGACGCACCGCUCGACGGAGACGCGACAGCACACGCAGAACGAGAACAAUCGGCAAGAAAAGCUGCUGCUCUCCGUACUGCCGGAUUUCGUGGCCAAAGAAAUGAUAAGGGACAUUGCUCGAGAGACAGCCCGCGGAGGCACCAUCUCUUUCACGCCGAACCAAUUUCACCGGAUAUACAUCCACCGCUACGAGAACGUCAGCAUACUCUUUGCCGACAUCAAAGGAUUCACGGCCCUGGCGAGCCAGUGUAGCGCCCAAGAGCUCGUCAAGGUGCUGAACGACCUGUUUGCUCGGUUCGACAAGCUCUCGGCCGAAAACCACUGUCUGCGCAUAAAACUGUUGGGCGACUGUUACUACUGCAUCUGCGGCUUGCCGGUCGCUCGUUCGGAUCACGCGCACUGCUGCGUCGAAAUGGGCCUGCACAUGAUUAAGGCCAUCCGGGACGUCAGGUACACGACCAAGACCGAUCUGAACAUGAGGAUCGGCAUACACAGCGGAUCGGUCCUCUGCGGUGUCCUUGGCCUCCGCAAGUGGCAAUUCGACGUUUGGUCCUACGACGUCACGCUGGCCAACCAUCUCGAAAGCGGUGGUAUUCCCGGGCGAGUCCACAUUUCCGAGGACACGCUCAGGUGCCUGAACGACGUCUACGAGGUGGAGCCGGGCCACGGCACCGAGCGCGACAACUACCUCAGGGACCGCGACGUCGUGACCUACCUGAUCAAGCAGGUGGAGCCACUGCGCUCGCGCCGCCGGUACUCCUCGAGGCCGAAGAUUUGGGCCGAAGGCGAGCAGCCCGAGGCGAACCGCACCAAGAAGAGCUUCAAGAUCGCACACGCGCUCACUGCCGGCAACCCGGCGACAGCUCACGCGAUCGCCUCGGCCGCGACUGCUGCCAACGCGACAAACACCGAGGACGACAUCGGCGUCGAGUGGACGCCCGAGAUACCCUUCGAAAACCUGAACAGCUCGUCGUCGGUGACGAACUUGGAAUCGGAUUACCUGGAGGACGACUCGGUGUCGGCCAAGAGUGAGCAGAUGACUCGCUCCUCGGCCAACGAGAAGGCAAACAGGUCGGGAGUGGGUGGCAUCGAGUUCGCGAGCAACAAGCGCAUGCGACUCGCCAACAUCAACCCGUGGACGCUGCGCUACAACGACGAGGCGCUCGAGUCCAAGUUCCGCCAACUUCGCGAGGACAUGUUCAAGUCAAACAUGAUCUGCUGCUUCGUCAUCUGGCUCUUCAUAGCCGUCUGCCAGGCGAUCAUCCUGCCCGACUGCAUCAAACUCCACGCGGCGCUUACCCUGACAACGUUGCUGCUCAUAGCCUCGUCGGUCCUCGUGAUGGCCGACGAGUUCAAGAGCCUACCGGUCUGCCUGCAGCACUCCUCGUCCAGUCUAGUGCACAACAAGCAGCACCGGACUUUAUUCAUCUGCGGGGUUAUCAGCCUGAUGGCGUUGACUUCGGUGAUCGGGGCCAUCGCCUGUCCUACGGUGAGGGUGGAACCGUUGGCUCUUCAGAGGCAGAGUAGCUUGACGGCACCAACGACCCAAGAGCCAGUGGGCUCCAACAAGCACAACCUGAGCUUUCUCGAGAGCGCUCUGCGCGACGCAGGGGUUAACGAUCUCGCGCCUGAAAACCACAACGACAUCGCAUCUGCCGAUCGGCCGAGAAGUCAUAGGAGUCAUCAUCGAUUCCACAAUUUUGAUUUGGCGUCGCCGGUGCGAUUGCGCCACCAGAGGGGACGCUCGUUACGCGGACACCACUCGCAGCAUCAUCGUCUGGCCGAGCCGAUGACGAUGGCGCGACGGUUACUGUCGAGCAUCGACGAGGACGUCAGUAUCGAUCUGAUCGCCGAGAGAAAGAUACUCGAGGAGGUGCAGUGCCUAAGGCCCGAGUACAUUGUCUUCACGUGGAUCCUGUGCCUCAUAGCUCUGGCCUCGUCGCUCAAGCUCUACUACUUGGUGAAAACGGCUCUGGGCUCGCUGAUCGUCGUCGUCUACGCGCUCCUCAUCCUCGUAGUGUCCAAGGAUCGGUUUUUCAACCGUGUCGACGAUGAUCAGAACGCGAUGUUCAUACCCCUGUCGGCGCAAAUGUUGAUAUUCCUGGUAAUAUUCCUCGUCGUUGUUACGUACCACGGAAGACUGGUCGAGGUCACCUCGAGGCUGGAUUUUCUGUGGAAGCAGCAGGCAGAACGCGAGCUGUCCGAUAUGAUAGAGUCGAGGCACAAUAACAUGCAGCUGCUCAAGAAUAUCCUUCCGGACCACGUGGCCCAUCACUUUUUGAGCCAAGACAGGCCGUCCGAGGAGCUGUACUCGCAGUCGAGGGACAAGGUGGGCGUGAUGUUCGCCAGCGUGCCGAAUUUCACGGAAUUCUACUCCGAGGACGUGAACAAGGGGAUGGAGUGCAUUCGCCUUCUGAACGAGAUAAUCGCUGAUUUUGACGAACUACUGGACGAGAGGCGAUUCCACUGCAUCGAAAAGAUCAAAACCGUCGGUGCCACCUACAUGGCAGCGUCGGGACUCAAUCCUUCACGAAACCUAAAAGGUCCGGAUGACAUGGAACACGUGUGCCGGCUCGUCGACUACGCGGUGGCAAUGAGGCAGAGGCUCGAGGACGUGAACGUCCACUCGUUUAACAACUUCGAUCUUCGGGUGGGCAUAAGCUGCGGUCCCCUAGUAGGCGGUGUUAUCGGCGCUCGCAAGCCGGUCUUCGACAUCUGGGGUAACACGGUGAACGAAGCCUCACGCAUGGACUCGACUGGUGUCAUGGGCAAGAUUCAGGUGCCCUCGGAAAUUGCCAAGUACCUGGAAUCCCGUGGCUACAAGACCCAAAAGCGCGGACUGAUCGAGGUCAAGGGAAAAGGCACCAUGGAGACGUAUUUCGUGCUUGGAAAAGGCACGAUGCGACCAGAGGGCAGUUCACGGGAUCGCAGCCACUGCCGUUCGUUGGCUGCUAUCGUGUACGGAGUCGUUCAGGCGAGGCGCAAGCAUCUGCGCGACUGAUCUACGGUGAUGUCCGACACCAAGGCUGUCGAAUUGUGAUUUUUCGAGAAUAAUGUAAUACACGCGAGGGGUGCCGUACGGUAGUUGAUUGUAUUUUUUUUUUUUUUUUUUUUUUUCGUGUACAUAU